AUGGCAGCAAAUAACGAACGACCGAUAAUAUUCGCUCUCUCAAACCCGACAAGCAAUGCGGAAUGUACAGCUGAAGCAGCUAUUCGCCUGACAGAUGGAAAAGUGCUGUUUGCUUCGGGUUCGCCAUUCGAAAAUGUGGUCUACAAAGGGAAAACGUAUAAACCAGGCCAAGGCAACAAUGCCUAUAUUUUCCCCGGAGUUGGGCUCGGAGCUGUACUGUUCAGUUCAAAGCACAUUACCGACAAGAUUUUCCUUUUAGCAGCCCGGGUCAGUCUUACUGUAAGGAGAAGCUUUAACGCUUCACAUAGCUCUUCCGCAGUUAAAGAGUUGGUCAAUUUCCAGGAAGUGUCAACUAGUGUGACAGAGAAAUCCCUGGAAAAAUACUCGAGACUUUAUCCUCGUCUUAAGGACAUCCGCGAGUUGUCAAUAAAAAUCGCCGUCGCGGUUGCAAAAUAUCUUUACCAUCACAACCUCGCUACAUUGUAUCCCGAACCGCACGAUAUCGAAUUAUACAUUCGCCAACACAUCUACACAAGUGACUAUCAAGAAUCCGUCAAUAGAAUUUACGAUUGGCCUGCUGCCGAUGCUAAACACGGCUAUCCGAUUCCGAAAUUAGAGAGGAAAUCAAUGGAAGAUGAGUAG